CCGCGAGUUUCGCACACAGCGGUACGAUGACAACAACGCACCGCUCAUGUAUGUCCGCAUUCAAGUUGGCAAGCGUCCUGCAGCGUUUUGCUGGAUAGCGGCCCGUCUCGCAAUUUCAUGAGCCAAUCCUUUAUGCAAAGGGCUGGCCUUGGCGCACAAGUUCGGAGGAAGGCAAACCCGACGACGAUCAAGUUGGCGGAUGGGAAAACGCAGCAACUUCUCGACCGUUACAUCGAGGCCGUACCGGUCUACUUCGCACCUCAUGCAUGCGAACCGGCGACAUUCGAUAUUCUUGACACGGACUUCGACAUCAUUCUGGGAAUGCCUUGGCUUGCAAGUGCGGAUCACACGGUCAACUUCCACCGGCGGACUCUUAGCGUUCGCGACGCCUUCGGCGCGGAAGUGGCGUGUACUGUUCCUCUACCGCACUCUUCGAUCCGGUGCCAAGUGGUAACGGCCAAAUCAUUCCGGGCGACUUGUGCCUACGAGCAGCCCGAUGAGAUUGGCCUUUGUUUCCUACGGACCGUCGCGGUAGCCGUCGCUUUACCCACGGACUUGUCUUCGGACCUCCGGGUGGUGCGGUUGCUGGACGAGUUUGCCGACAUCUUCGAGUCACCUACCGGUGUGGUGCCGGUUCGGCCGAUCUCUCACGAGAUCAUUCUUGAGGCCGGUGCAGUGCCGCCGAAAGGUUGCAUCUAUCGCAUGAGCGAGGAGGAGCUCGAGGUCCUCCUCGCACAACUCGACGAUUUGUUGGCUAAGAGUUGGAUCCGCCCUAGCAGCUCCCCAUAUGGAGCACCGGUUCUCUUCGUCCGGAAGAAGAACAAGGAUCUACGACUGUGUAUCGACUACCGCAAGCUCAGCAUGCAAACCGUCAAGAAUGCGGGGCCUCUUCCUCGCAUCGACGAUCUUCUUGAGCGACUGGGCGACGCAAAGUAUUUUUCUAAGUUGGAUUUGAAAUCGGGAUAUCAUCAAAUCUCGAUCCGGCCGAACGAUCGCUACAAGUCCGCAUUCAAGACGCGGUACAGACAUUUUGAGUGGGUGGUCAUGCCUUUUGGCCUCACCAACACCCCGGCGACCUUUCAAGCGGCAAUGACCAAUGAGUUUUGUGCAAUGUUGGACCGGUUCGAUCAUCUUGGACAUCUUCGACGAGUGUUGGAGACGCUCCGCCACGCCAAGUACAAGGCCAACCGCGACAAGUGCGAAUUUGUCUGGCAAGAGCUGGAAUACUUGGGCCAUUUUGUCACACCGGAGGGCAUCAGUCCGCUAUCGGACAAGAUUCAAGCCAUCCAAGAGUGGUCGGAGCCUCGGAGCGUCACGGAUGUCCGCUCGUUCCUUGGUCUCGCCGGCUACUAUCAGCGUUUCAUCAAAGGCUACUCGAAGAUCACGGCCCACUUGACCAAGCUUCAAUGCGAGGAUCGACCAUUUGACUUCGGAGAGGAGGCGCGGGAAUCAUUUUUGGCUCUCAAAGCCGCGCUAUUAUCUGCGGAGGUCUUGCGGAUAUACGACCCGCUUUUGCCUACGCGCGUCACUACGGAUGCGUCAGGCUGUGGCAUUCGUGCAGUCCUUGAGCAACAUGAUGGUGUGGCCUGGCACCCGGUCGAGUAUUUCAGCAAGAAAGUGCCCGUCGUGCAUUCCAUUGACGAUGCGCGCAAGGAGGAGCUCCUCGCCUUCGUCCACGCGCUCAAGCGGUGGCGACACUCCCUCCUUGGUCGAAGCCAAUUUCGAUGGGUAAUGGACAACAAUCCGUUGGUCUUCUAUAAGACCCAAGACACCGUCAACAGCACCAUCGCUCGAUGGAUGGCUUUCAUCGAUCAGUUCGACUUUUUUCCGGAUCACAUUCCCGGGAAGUCGAACCGUUUUGUGGAUGCUCUUUCACGGCGUUCGGAUCAUUGUACCGCGGUCUACUCAACCUUUGAGAUCGACGAUGACCUGGAGAAUAGCUUCAUCCGCGGCUACCAAGGCGACCCCGAGUUUCGCGACAAGACACCGAGGCACUGCCACGGCGCAGUGCCAGGAUCGCAGUUCGUGCCCGCCCUGCGGUACCUCCAAGACCCAAAGAGAUUCAGCAGACGGACGACUCCAGCGACAUCAAUUACGGCAUUGACAGUACAAGACAGCACCGGAGAUCUUCCCGCAUGCCCGGUCCGAGAGGCCAGCGAGUCUUUGGCUGACUAUCGUGGGCGGCUACAGGCAUUUACAGACGCCGUAGCCGUCGCCGAGUCUCAGCAGGCUGCGGCAGAGGCAGAACGUCAGCGGCGGGCCAAUGAGGCGGCAGCCGAAGCUCAGCGGACAGCUGAGACUGACGAAGCGGCACGAAACAGACGGAAUGCCGCCAGCACGGAGUCCCUGAUUGCCAGUGAGCAUCAGUGGACAACGAUACUCCAAGGCAUGAUCUUUGUGCCUACGGAAACGCAGGCGGAGCCUACACAGGCGGAGGCAGAGAGAAGUAACCUGGCUACCGCACACCUGCACGCGGAACGACAGCAAAGACAGCAGUACCAGCAAGACCUGGCCGCUGUAACGGCCGGCGUCCGCGACGCAGCAAUGCAGCAGCAGCAACAGCAGCAACUGAUGAACUCUACCAUCGCACGCAUCAACGGCAUUGAGGCCAAUGCCUCAGCAGCGCCAGGCUGCACGACGGACGCGACGAAGCAAAUCAACGAACGAAUCGAUCACGUCGUCACCAUCAUCGGCGACAUAGGUGUUUUCAACGGACCGAACACGAUCAGCAGCACGGUGGCCGCCAUCAAGACGGACAUCACCAAGCUACAGACGAGACCGGACGCCGCUACAAAGACGUUCAAGAUGCCGCACUUCGACAUCUGCAAGUUCGACGACUACAACAAGUCGGACGCUUUGACAUGGUGGCAACGUUUCCUCACGGAAGCGUCAUGCCGCACUGUCCCGACGAACGACAUGUUGAAGGCACUCUACUUGCAAUUGAUUGGAGGAGCGCAGGCAUGGAUGAACCACCUGGCGGCCACCCACAAGUGCACCAUCGCCGAACUCCACACGCACAUCACGUGGAAGGAGUUCGAGCAGCUAUGGUUCACCCGGUUCAUGGUCCGCAACGUCGUGAAGGCGGCCAUGAAUGAGGUGUACACAUGCUCUCAGGGGAACAUGCCAACUCGAGACUGGACAACGAAGUGGCAAAAGAUAGUGACCACACUAGGCUUCGACUUGACGUUUCGAAAUCAAUGAUCCGAGUUCUUCUCGCGAUCAUGCGCGGGAUUGCGGUCGGCACUCGGUAACGAGUACGACUAUACCACAUUCCAGGC